AUCAUCGCCACUUUCUCAUCUUCUCAAUCCAUAAACAAACAAGACAGAGCCACUGGCAGUUGAAUAACUAGUUGCCCGACCGUCGUUAUCACUUUGUGUCCACAACUGCCCGGCACUACAAUGAGGAAGUCGUGCUGCGGAUUGUCUCCGAAGCGAGAAGUGUACAGUGUGGUGCCGCCACCUAUCCACUAACCGGACGCUUUGGAUAUCAACAUCGCGAUCGGACUCUACCGUAGUCAGUGGCGAUCGGAACGGCGACGCAGACAGUUGUUGGUUGUUGUACCUUGCCUGCGGAACACGUCGUCGUCUGCGCAAAUCAGCUGUCACAGAGCGGCAGACGGGUAUUUUCGAAAGGGUGCCCGCGCGCGUUGAUUGUGUUUUGAAAAGUGUUUCCUACGUUAGAUUAUGCUUGUCGACGCGGGAUCGGGUUUGAUUUAGUUAUGCUUCGAUUGACUUGGAAUUACUUUCAUUAGUGGAAAUACAGACUUCCAUCGACAGCAGCUUGCUGAAGUGGCAACGAAACAAUUACGAAACACGGAAAUAUCAGACGGUAAACGAGUCAACAAAGAAUUUAAUGUUUAGUGUUAUGAUUAUAAAGAAAAUAAGCAACAGCUGGAAGGUCCGUUGCCUUGUUAUCAGUUUGUGCACCAAAAAUCGCUCACUGUUUUACCCAAAUACGGCCGGUGAUUGUUGCAAGUGUAAACUGUUAGUGUAAAAAGCAGUUUUUAAAAGCUACAGAGCUAGUGAUUUAUCACACUCUAUGAAGAAAAAACGUCACCAUUUGAAGCCUGUUGCGUCCGGCAAGCUUUUCAAGUAACCUUUAACGGAUCACAAUUUUAAAACAGCUAGCCGUCAGUGUAUAGUCGCCAUCAUGAUCCAGGGAAGGAAUUUCAAGUGGAUUGUUGUUGUUGUUGGUAGUUUGCUGCUGACAGGCCUCUUCCAGCUUACGGUUGCGGAAGGAAAUAACAGCGACAAACAACAGCAACCAGCAGUUGGAACUGCUGGGUCGGCAGGUGAAAACAAAUUCCUCAAAUACCUGUUCAACAAAUAUGGCAGCAAAGGGGUUAUCUCGUUCGAGGGCCUAGAGCAUCUGAUGCACAGCCUCGGCUUGGGUGGAUUGGACUUUAUCCCGACGCACACGCUAGACGAGCAUCGGCCGGAGGGUUUUAAAACCGAAGACCUGGUGGAACCCUUUACGAUUCCUGUCAGCACCAGCGAGCAGAAAGUAACAGUUUCAUUCUCCGAUCAUCAGGAUGAUAAGGAAGGUGCGGAAAGAAAACGGCCAAUGUACGCUACGAUGACAAAUACGUACACGCCACAGACAACAGAGGUUGUCACAAAAAGCACCGAUGAGGGAUCCGAGUACCAAAGCGGUCAUGAGCCGCAACACGACGCUAUCAUCCGCAGCUCGGAUGAGAUUCGUAAGCUCAACGAAGUGCGGCCCAUAGAGGAUACCAAUGACAGCGAGCAGAGAGAUAAAAUCAGUCGCCUAAAUAGUGGCGAUGACGUCGAUAACGCGAGUAGCAAGUGGCACAAUGAAGUGUGGCAGGAAAUUAUCUUUAAAGAGAUUCACGAUCCACAACAUCGCCAUCCGCGCCGAGACGACCGUAGAAAAUCAUGUCUCUCGCCAAUGUCCAUCGUGCACCUGAUCCUGGAGGAACCGAUUAAUUCUGCGGAAGUGCUGCACACAAACUUUAACUACGAACUGGAGUCCACCAACAGAUAUCGUCGAUCACUAGCGCAUCAUCACCGUGACCAUGAUCAGGAUGAAGAGGAGCAAGAGAUAGAGGAAAUACUCGCUGCGAGGAUAAAAAUAACCCCAUCAACGUUCAAGGAUUUGUGUCCAGCAUUGUUGGCCCAAAUUGAUCAAAGGGCAUGCCAACAAAAAUAUGAUUUGGACAACCAGCCUCUUGUGGAGAAGAAAUUCUUUUCUGUCUCCUGGUUGUAUGCAAUCAUAUGUGUCACAAUCAUCUCAGUCUGCGGUCUUACGGGAGUGGCAAUGGUUCCUUUGGCUAAAUCGGUGGCUUACGAUGAAGUCCUUCGUUUUCUAGUGGCCCUAGCUGUGGGCACUCUCUGUGGAGAUGCUCUUAUGCACUUACUACCGCAUGCCUUAGUUUCACACACAGAUCACGAAACACAGGAAACCACCGCGAGUACAGAACAUAUACAUAGCGACGAACCCGUUUGGCUAUGCUUCUGUGCUUUUAUGAGUGCAUUAUUCAUGUAUAUACUAGAAUCUCUACUACCGUUGUUAAGAUCCGAUGGAAAUAGCGGGCACCAUCACGGCCACUCACACGCAAAAGUAGCUCCCAUCCCUUCCUCCCACCUAGAAUCCCAGCGAAACACCAACGUUACCGACGAUAUCGAAAUGGACCUACAGGAAAACAAGAGAAAAGAGCUGAACACAAUGCUAGAGAAGAAAAAGCCGAAAAGUAAAUCACUCAGUCCGGUGGCUUUUAUGGUCAUUCUUGGCGACGGACUGCACAAUGUUACCGAUGGAUUAGCGAUCGGAGCUGCUUUCGCUGCCGAUCCUGUAACGGGAAUGGCGACGUCAUUCGCUAUUCUAUGCCAUGAGUUACCACAUGAGCUGGGAGACUUUGCGUUGCUGCUACAGUCAGGCGUUAGUAUCCGGCGUGCACUGGCACUGAAUAUUGUUUCGUCUAUUUUAAGUUUUGCUGGUAUGUUCCUCGGUUUGUUGGUAACUGGACUGCAUGAAUCUGUGGUGCGAUGGAUUUACGCCGGAACGGCAGGAACGUUCCUGUACAUCGCGCUGGCGGAUUUAGUGCCGGAAAUGAAUCGAAUCGAUGUCGUUGAUGGUGCGUCACAAGGGAACCAAGCGAGGAGAAGGCUACGAAUAAUAUGUUCGCAAAUAUGUGGAAUGUUCCUGGGGGGAAUGAUAAUGUUGGCUAUUGGGUUGAAUGAGGACCAUUUGCGGUUGUUGUUUGAAUAAAUUGUUGUUGAAAAAACAGAA